AUGGAUGCUACAUCGGAUCUACCAGUACAUGAUGGCAAAAGUAAGGAACACAAAGAGGAAUCAUCCGUUGAACCCGAGUCGAUGCAGCUAGAUACUCUUGGUGUCAGCAUCCAUCACCUGAAACAUAUCUUCUUGGAGAGAGAGGUCGAACGACCAAAAAAGAAUGCCACAACAGGACACUUCCUUUCUAGACACUCCAGCAUCUGCGAAAUUGAGGAUUUAGAAGGUCCUCCUGGUGUCAUCCGAACAAAGGGUGCUACCACUACCUGCCCCUUGGAUGGAAAAAUGGGUGCUGCCUAUGUUCAUUGCCUGCAAGGAGAGGACCAUGUUGGAGAGGCAACUCACAUGCUCAGCUAUUCCUGGGAUUACACGAUUGGAGAUAUUGUGGAUACCCUUUCCGACUAUUGCCUCCAAAAUGAGCUUGAUGCCAAGAGGUCCUAUAUCUGGAUAUGCUGCCUCUGUGUCAAUCAACACAGGGUGGUCGAGAAUACCACCCAAGAGAAGUCUGGAAUGAUUGCCUCUGCUGCCAAGGUGGACUUCUUUGCAAUCUUUGGAGAAUGUGUCAAAAGGAUUGGACAUGUGCUGGCCAUGAUGGCUCCCUGGAACGCACCAGUGUACAUCACUCGAGUCUGGUGUAUUUUUGAAAUCUUUACAGCUCACACCACAGAGGGGUGCAAACUGGACAUUGUCAUGCCACCCAAAGAGAAGCUAUCACUAGAGCAGGAUGUUGUUGAGAGUGGAGAAGGCAUCAAUGCUGUCUAUGAGACACUUGGGAACACUAAAGUUGAAAAUGCCAAAUCAUCAGUCACAAGUGAUAGGCUGGCUAUUCUUGGCCAAAUAGAAUAUGAUGUUGGAUACUCUGUGCUCAACAAUCUAGUCAAUGACUUGUUGCGUGGGUGGAUGCAUGGUGUCCUUGCUCAGUUGGUGAGGGCUCGAGAAAACACCAACAAUGAAGACUAUGUUGAGUUCUGCAAUAAAAUUGGGAUCAUUCUUCUGUACAAUGGUGAACACGAUGCAGCCAUGAAACUCCACCAAACUGCUCUGACAAUUUGUGAGACUGUGUUGGGUGAGAAUCAUAGUGAAACAGCUGCAACCUACGGCAAUAUUGGUUCGGUUCUGGAUGAUAUGGGUGACUAUGAAGGGGCCUUGGCAAAGAACAAGAAAGCUCUUGCCAUUCGACUAUCAGCAUUGGGCAAGGAUCAUCUUGAUGUGGCAACCAGCUACAACAAUAUUGGUUCUGCUCUGUACAAAAUAGGCGACUAUGACGGUGCUUUGGCAAAGUACAAGGAAGCUCUUGGCAUUAGACUGUCAGCGUUGGGCAAGAAUCAUCCUGAUGUGGCAACAACCCACAACAACAUUGGGGUUGUAUUGUGGAAACUGGGAGACUAUCAAGGUGCUUUGUCAAAGCAUGAGGAGGCUCUUGCCAUUCGAUUGUCAGCAUUGGGUGAGAAUCAUCCUGAUGUGGCAACCACCUACAGCAAUAUUGGUGUGGUGAUGUUUUGUAUGGGGGAUGUCUCCACGGAAGACGAGAAAUCGAUGAUGAUCAUGGACGCAAGGAGCGACUAUGCGCAAUCGAACCUUUCAUGGAUCUGUUACUAG